UUUUUACACACAUUAAAGCAUCUCGUCCUAAUUUUCAACGGUCUCACCCACUCCACAAAAAUCACACAUCUCACUAGAGCUAAAAAGUCAAGCACCGAUUUGUAAAUAACAAGAGCAUCACAUCCCCUGACCAGCAACUACAGGAUGUGUCUACAUUUAAAGCAACUCCCUGCAGACAACACUAUACAAGCAUUUUAAGGUAAAAUCUAUGGAUAUGUUGCUGUCAUGCUCCUGGAAUAACUACUAUUUUCCUCUGGGCUUCCUUUAACUUCAGUUAACCUUCAGAAGGUAAACUUUGGUAAUUCCAAUAGUUAUGUCUAGUAAAAUCUGGUUGUUUGCCUUUGAGAUAUUCUUGAUAUUUAUUUGGUGUUGUUCUGCAACUAUAGAUCUUACAUACAGCAUUGAAGAAGAAAAACCUUCUGCGAGUUACGUUGGAGAUAUUGCAGCAGAUUCUAAUAUUGCCAAUGAACUUGAUACUGAAAACCUAGGUUCAAUUGCAUUCAACCAGUUACAACAGACUAUGGUAGAUACUCCAUCGCUAUUCAAUAUAACCAGAGCAGGGAAACUCUAUACCACUGCAUCUCUUGAUGCUGAGAAUCUCUGUAGCAAGAAUACAGAAUGUUUUCAACUGUUAAAUGUAGCAGUUCAGCAAGGGGAAUCAUUUAAGAAAAUCUUAAAGAUUAAAGUAUUAAUUAAAGAUGUUAAUGAUCAUCAGCCAACAUUUCCAAGUAAUGAAACGAAUCUAAAUUUUACCGAGACUGAUGGAAAGGGAAGAAAAAUAGCAAUUCCUAAUGCAAUAGACGGAGAUAUUGAAAGCCCAAAUAAUCAACUGACAUAUACAUUAAGAAAACAAUCUGAUCUUCAUUUUGGUCUCUUCGUGCAAAAGAGGGAAGUUGGUGCUGACAUAAUAGAAAUUGUCUUGGAAGGGGAACUAGAUAGAGAAACUCAAGAAUCUUACACGCUGGAAGUUGUAGCAACCGAUGGUGGUACACCACCCAAGAAAUCUGUUUUAAUCGUUAAAAUAUCAGUAAUUGAUGUCAAUGACAACUGGCCAUAUUUCUCAAAAGGAAUCUAUAAUGUUUCUGUAAAAAAUACCCAUAAGCCCUCAUUGCCCAUUAUAACAUUGCAUGCAACGGAUAAAGAUGCCGGAAGGAAUGGCAAAAUUACUUACAAGUUGAAGCCUGAUGUAAAGUUAUUUAAAAUUAAUCAUGAAACAGGAGAUAUUUUUCUGAAUGAAAAUUUCACUUCAGAGAAAAAAGAACACUAUAAAUUGAUUAUUGCAGCCGAAGAUAAUGGAGAAAUUCCAUUAGUUUCUAGUGCUAUUGUCAAUGUAAAGUUUAUGAACCAAUACAACACUCCACCAAAAAUACUCAUUAGUUUUGCUCCUAGCUUUAUAAAGAAUACAGUUACCAUUUCUGAAGGGAUUCCUGUAGGAAGUUUCAUUGCUUAUGUUAUAGUUGUUGAUAAAGAUGAUGGACAGAAUGGAGAUGUUGAAUGCCAUCUGAAACAUAACCAUUUUGAACUUAGAAAAUUAAACCCCAAAGAGUAUAAAAUUGUGAUUAAACAGCCUGUUGAUAGAGAGACAACUGAUCAUUAUAAAAUCGAUGUUUUCUGCCGGGAUAAAGGCCUAUUUUCGGUGAUGGUAAAAAAUCAUUUCUUUAUCCAAGUAAAAGACAUUAAUGAUGUCCGACCACAAUUCAGUAAAAAAGCUUAUAAAUUCCUGGUGUAUGAGAACGAAAAAGCUAACUAUCCUGUUGGCUUUGUCACUGCCACUGACUUAGAUGUGGGACCUGGGGGUCAACUGGAGUUCUCUAUUCUGAGUAAGAAUAAACAGGAUCCAGUGUUUCAGAUUAAUAAUGCUGGGUUCAUUACAACAACAAAGUUAUUGGAUUAUGAAAAACAAAAACAUUAUCAAUUCUAUGUACUUGCCAAAGACAAUGGUACCCCACCACUGAAUGACACGGUAGAUGUUAUUGUUGAAGUAAUGGACAAAAAUGAUAAUGCCCCGUAUUUUAACUUUCCCACAGUGAACCCUUUCAGCUUCGAUGUUCACUACCAUCCGCAAAGUGAUAAUGAAAUCACAGUUCUAAAGGCUUCUGAUAAAGACAGUGGAAGCAAUGCUUUCCUUCAUUACCAAAUACUCGAAGGAAAUGAACAGCAGUUGUUCAUGGUGAAACCUUACUCUGGAGUAUUGCUCUUCUCACGUAAAGUUUAUCCAAAUGAUGCAGCAACAUACAGACUUGUUGUAGCAGUAAAUGACAGCGGCAUACCAUCUCUGUCGGCAAUGACUACUUUAUCCUUGACAUUGAGUGUCAGUAACAGCUCCUUAUUAAUGACAAAUGUUCAGGCUCAGUCCAAAAAAGUAUCUGAUGUAAACUUAUCAAUAAUAAUAAUAGUUGUAGCUGUAAUAUUCUCAAUAAUUCUCGUAGUGUCUGCUACAGUGUGUAUAGUUCGAUAUAUAAAUGUCUCAAAUAGGGUUCGAGAUCAAAGACUGAACCAGUUGAAUGAGACUAACCCUGAUGCAAAGCAUUUAAUAUAUCAAGCUACUAGCCCUACAACAUUACUAAGAGUCCCAGAAGAAAGUACCAAUGAAAAUAAUACAGCAGCAGCACCGUUUUACUCAGUGGUUGAAUUACCUAGUGACUGGACGAUAGCCACUCUUACUCGAAGACAUCCGGUACCAACACAGGAGAGCAGACCACCACAUAUAGCCCAAGCCUCUGAUCAAGAUGGUGCUAGAGAAAUUCAUAGCACAGCUACAAUUAACAGAAGAGGAGGCAGUCGAAGAGACAGCGAAAAUGGAUGGCGAAUAGAUGAUGCAACAAAACAUUAUGAAGAAAUACCAGCACUUCGGUUUCCAAAAGACGUCCCUCCAGUUGAGACACCACUUGAGAAAAAGAACAGACUUCACACUGUAAAUCUUGCUAAAGGUACCAAUCUAUGAACAGCUUCUUAACAACUACAUAUUAAAAGACAUUUUAUAUUACUAUUUACAGAAGAGGGUCUUCAGUGUAAGGUUGUUCUGAUGUGUAUUUACAUCUUUGGAAAUUCUAUAUAAGAGGAAGAAAAUGAUAUUUAAUGGAUUUCCUUUACAAAACAUGAUAAAAGGAAUAACAACAAACAUUUGAAAGAUCAAACAGUAAUAAAAUAAAAACAGGGAUUAUUUUCUUGGAAGAUGUUAUUUUAUUUCUGAUUAAAUAAAUAUAAAAAAGAAACCUGUUCCUUGCAAGGAAGAUUCAGUGUAAAUGAUCAUGAUCACCAAUUUAAUGUAACAAACACAUUGUUAUUUUUGAAAAUGAAUGCGCCAUGCUUUGAGUCAAGUGUAUUUGAACAGAAACCUCGCUGUAAAAACAAAACAGUUAAAGGUACCAUCACUGAACAAAAGAAAGGAGUUCAUCAGGACCUUGAAUAUCUGAUUUUACUAUUGUAUAUCAAGAAUGCUUGGUUUCAGAGUUUUCUCUUAAAUACUUAAAUUUUAAUAUAAAUUAAUAAUUAAUUUUUGUAUUUGGUUUGCAAGAUUCUUGAUGUGAAUGCAUGCAUUGAAACAGAUUUUGUUGUAUCUUGGGAGGGUC